AUGCCAAAGCGUCACAUACAACGUCCAUUAGAAUAUCGAAUUCUAAUCAUUGGUGAUGCAGGAGUCGGAAAAACAUCUCUUAUAGGACGUUAUGUCCGAAAUGAAUUUCCAUGUCUUAGUCAUUCUCAUAUUAAUCCUGAUGGCUCCACUGUCUAUUCAACUGUUAUGGAUGGCUAUGAUUGCACUUUGAUAUUGAUUGAUCUGUCCACAAUUAAUGAUAUACAGAAGUUAAAAUUUUCCGAUACACUUCCAACAGCAUGUUUAAUAGUGUUUUCCAUAACAGACGGGAAAAGCUUUUCCGACUUAACACAUUUUCAUGAUAGUAUACGUUCGAAAUUCUCCAACGAAUUAAUGUCAAUACCAGUUAUAUUUGUCGCAAAUAAAAUUGAUCUCGAACGCGAUCGUGUUGUUAGUCAACAAUCCAUUGAUAAAUUAAAAUCGAACGGUUACGAUGUAUUCGAAAUAAGCGUGAAAGGAAACGUUGGUAUUGGUGAUGCAAUUUAUACAGCAAUUAAAUAUUUACAAUAUGAACAACAUUAUCGCUUAGAAAAAGUCAAGCCAAAUACUAUUUGUGCUUGUAUACUAACAUGA